AUGGAUAUGAUGGAGUAUAAUGGAAAGAAAAGUAAGCAGAUAAAAGUAGAAAUUGAUGACGUUAAUGAUAGAAAAAUAAAACACGGAAAGAAUAAUUAUGUAGAUAGUAAGGAAAAAAUAAAGAUUAAUAAAAUGAUUAAGAAUAAUGAAAAAAGCUCAAAGAAAAAGAAAGAGCAGAGAAAAGGUGAACACUUACUUGAAAUCCGAAUUAGAAGAUAUUUGAUUGUGAAAGAGUCUUGCUAA